AUGUUCUGGAUAACCCUUGUAAGCACAAUAGCUCUAGGAUGGAGUACGUCAAUUCCACUGAUGGAGGACUCGAAAGAGUUAGAUGAACCUUGCAUGGAGCCAUGUUACUGUGAGGAAAAGGAGAGCUUUUUGCAAAUACACUGUGAAAGUAAAGGUUUUACAAAUAUCAGUCAGAUCACUGAGUCAUGGAGAAGACCGUUUAAACUUUACCUACAAAGAAACUCCAUGAGGAAACUCUAUACUAACGGGUUUCUAUUUUUAACCAACGCAGUAUCCAUUAACCUUGGAAACAACGCAUUGCAGGACAUUCAGGCAGGGGCCUUUAACGGCAUGAAACUUCUAAAACGUUUAUAUUUACACGAAAACAAACUAGAGGUUUUUCGAAAUGAUACAUUCUUGGGUUUGGAGAGUUUAGAGUACUUACAGACCGACUAUAACGUGCUGAAGAGGAUUGACGGCGGUGCAUUUAGGAACCUCAAUAAAUUGAAAGUGUUGAUUAUCAAUGACAAUCUGAUACCCCUCCUCCCACUCAAUCUCUUCAGGGCGGUUUCCUUAACCCACAUCGAUCUGCGUGGUAAUAGGUUAAAGUCACUGCCUUACGUGGGGACGCUUGAAUAUAUUGGCAGGCGCCUCAUGGAGAUUCAACUACAGGAGAACCCAUGGAACUGUACCUGUGAUAUUGUGCCACUAAAAUCUUGGUUAGAAAGCAUACCAUACACAGUCCUUGUAGGGGAAAUUACUUGUGAAACGCCAUUCCAUCUCCACGGCAAGGACCUGAGGGAGAUCAGGAGGAGUGAAUUGUGUCCAAUUCAUUCUAGUGUGGAGGUGGAAGUCAGUUUGGGGAUUCCGCAGCUUGCUUCCAGUAACGACAAUGCGUGGCCUACCAAACCCUCCUCUAUGUCAUUAUCAGUGACCUAUACUGCUUCUUCUGUUGAAUACAAGACAUCAGGUAAAUUACCAAAAGCAACGAGGAGUCCGAACACUCUGAAAGCACAGCCAACUCUGCGCAGCGUUUAUUCGGGGCAAACUCAGCAGAGAGUUGCAGGCUACCAGACCAGACCGCCCAUCCCUAUCAUUUGCCCUGUUGAAUGCUCAUGUAGCCUACAUAUAAAUGACUUGGGUUUGACAGUACAGUGCAAAAAUAAAGCGAUACAAAAUAUGUCUGAACUAAUACCAAGACCGCUGAACGCUAAGAAGUUGUAUUUAACCGAGAAUCUAAUUCAGAAAAUCUACAGGUCGGAUUUCUGGAAUUUCUCCAGUUUGGAUCUAUUGCAUUUGGGGAGCAACAGUGUGUCAUAUAUUCAAGAUGGUGCUUUUAUGAAUCUUCCGAAUUUAAAAACCCUAUAUCUGAAUGAUAACAAAAUUGAACGUCUCACCCCCGGCAUGUUCAGGGGGUUACAAAGUUUGGAAUACCUGUACUUUGAAUACAACCUCAUCAGAGAAAUCCAGCCGGCGUCUUUCAGCCUGAUGCCCAAUCUCCAACUAUUGUUUCUUAACAAUAAUCUGCUCCAAAUUCUACCAACCGAUGCUUUCACGGGCACCUCGCUGGGGAGGCUAAGCCUGAGGAACAACUACUUUCUGUAUCUGCCGGUGAGUGGAGUGCUCGAGCAUUUGGACUCCAUUGUGCAGAUUGACCUGAACCAGAAUCCCUGGGGUUGUUCCUGCGAUCUGAUUGCUCUCAAGCAGUGGGUGGAAAAGAUCAGCGCUGUUAAACUGGUCGGUAGCGUGUUGUGCGAGACUCCAGAAUUCCUGCGCGGGGUGGAUUUGAAGAUGGUAGACUAUGAGGUGUUAUGUCCCGAACUAAAGCAUGCCGCCGCCUCUCCGCCCCUCCCUGGCUCCGGAGGGAAUGGUAAUGUGAUAUCCACAACCAGGGGGUUUGGUUUCUCUUCGCAAGGUGGCGCCAUUCCUCUUUCAGUCCUUAUUCUGAGCCUUCUGAUCAUUUUCAUUUCCGCUGUAUUUAUUGCAGCUGGUCUCUUCGCUUUCGUGCUUAGGAGGCGUAAGAAAUCGCCCUUCAGGAGACGGCAGGACGUCGACUUGACUGGUAUGCAAAUGCAGUGCAGGAUCUUCGAGGACAGAGCUGCCAACUCACCCGAAAAGGCAGCCAGCCACGUCUACGACUACAUCCCCCACCCCGUCACGCAAAUGUGCAACAAUCCCAUCUAUAAACCGCGUGAGGGAGAGAUGGAGGAGGAAUUCUCAGAGACUCAGGAAAAUAAUACCAAUUACAAAACUCUGGAGAAAGACAAGGAAUGGAAAAUGUCACUGUCCAACAGCAACCUUAAUACCAUAGUUACCAUCAAUCAGACUAACGAUUUUGCUAAUUUUCCAGAAAAUGGGGUGAUUUACCCCAAUGUGUUGGACAGAGAAAGACCAGCUCACACUGUUGGCUUUGUGGACUGCCUCUAUGGCACCGUGCCCAAGUUAAAAGAGCUACAUGUCCACCCUCCUGGCAUGCAAUACCCUGACUUACAGCAAGAUGCCAGGUUUAAAGAAACGAUUUUGUUUGGCUCUUCUGGACGGGGAUAUCCUGACCAAACCCAAAGCGAAUACCUCGAGUUAAGGGCCAAACUUCAAACUAAGCCAGACUACCUCGAAGUACUAGAGAAGACAUCAUACCGAUUUUAG